AUGCACAGCUUGACGGGGGGUCGGCAGGCGGUAAAUGAGCUCCAAGUGUUCUUGCGGGCGAUGAGUGGGGCACAGCGGUUGUGGGCGAAGCGGAUUGCCGCGCAGGAGGCCAAAGUGCGGCGCUUUAUGAUUAUGGAAGACAGCUGUCGGAAAAAGCUCCGGAAGAGUGUCCUCCGCUCCACCAAUGAGCAGUUGAAAUAUCUGGUGAAUACGGAUCUGCUGGGAAGCAUGGAGAUGAAGCUUCCACCGCGUGCUGCAUUCAACGCCUUCGGUAUCCCCACGAGGCAGGUGACCGGGUUUUCCGUCUUUGCCAUGGCGCGCCUCCACGCCUCCACGGCCUCGCUGUCGGACGCCUCGCCGAUAGCCCUUAUCGCCGACCUCCUCGGGGCGUGGGAGGUUCUCCCGCCCUCUAAAAAGGAGUGGUACGAGGCACACGCAGAAAGUGUUCGGCGCGAUCUUGUCGCAGGACACGCUACGAACCACAGUCCCCAGACAGCCUCAAAUUUGCCCAGCAACGAGGCGGAGGAACACGACGAGGCCGACUGGGAAUCCCGCGCCUAUCGCUGCUUUCUCCGCGAAGGGCGGCGACAGCUGGAGGCGUCGGUAGGUCCACUUGAAGAGGCGGAUUGGCUGGCGCUCGCACCGAAGGAGUGGGGCAGUUUGACCUUGCGGCAAAGGAAGUGCUACGCCCAGAGGUAG